AUGAAAACUAGGUCCAAGACCGCUUCCGAACGCCUGCGUGCGAAUUCUACCGUGGAAGAAGCAACUGCUGAAGCCGUUGCCGACUCCCCACUACGACCAGCUGCUGGAUCCGAGCAAUCGCAAGACCUUGAAAUCGCGGCCCAGCAUGUUGCUUCCGCGGCUGCCGAUACAAGCGACGCGCUCUCAUCGGUUAUCGAGGCUGGGCAAUCAAUUCUGCUCGACGAAUCGAUGGACAGCUUCCACAAUCCACCACCUCGACGAAGCUCCUCUCUUCGCGAUCCUGCUCCCUUCAACGCCUCUUCUGGCAACACCACUGGACCCAACAGCUCGUCCUCCUCCGCCGAAAAGACCGUCACCCUCCCACAUGUGCGAAACCAAUGGGUUAACGAAGGCUCCACUCUCGUCGAAGAACCCGUUGCUCGCCCAAACGACAACACUACCAGCGCCGUCCCCACCAGCGACUGCUCCUGCGAAGAAAAGUCGCCCAAGCUUCCCCAGAAGCGCAACUGGGAAAUGGAUGGAUCGACUGAUCCUGAGAAUCGCCCCCGAAAGCGAUUCCAAGACGGCCGCGCUCCUCCCACCAGCUCCAGCGACGACAGUGUCAACGACACCGAUUAUCUGCUCGUAAUGGGCGCUCCAGGUGCUGCUGAAAAAGCCCAAGAAAAGGCCAAGAGACGUGCUACUGCUGCUGCUCACGCUCGAGCUUUGGAGAUUGUCGAAUCUUCCUACCGAGCGUUGGCUCCUUCCGACGGCGACUCCUCUCAACCCGACAGCGACGAUUUCGAUGGCGUGCUCAACAAGAGCGAGCCCCGUCGAGUUGUUGUCAACACGAGCGAGGAGAACGACACACCCAACAACUCUCCUGACAGCGACGGCAGCGAGGAGCCCAUGCGCACCACCAACUUUGACCCCUUUGCAAACAGGGGCGAAAGAGGGCUGGACUUGCGAUGGCUCAACAAGCACGAUCGCGUUGUCGUCCGCCAGCCUCACCGAAGACCUUCCGAAGACGCUUCCGGCUCGGACAACGUGUCAAUGGAGGUCCACACGUCCGAGUGGAGCGACUCUUCUGCUGCUGGAGCCUUCCUUGGACAUCCCACCUCCUCCUCCUCCUCCUCCUCCUCGCCCCCGUCUGACAGCAACAGCACCCCCAACGCCAGCACCGUUGCCAACGUUGGCACCGUUCUCGCCGAUGUCAUCGAGGAAAUGGCCGAAUCGAUCAUGGACAUUUCGGAUCUGUCAACCUUGACAGAUCCCGAGACUCCCACCAACGCUCAGCCCCCACUCGGAAAUGGGCUCUCACCCGCGAUGAUGGCUGGCGCUCUUACCGGCCUUUGCGACAACGGAUUUAUCCGUAAUAUGUCGCCAAAAAAAUCGGCUCCGCUCGCUUCUCGAUCAAAGGGCCCGCUUAGCCCUGUUGAAGUGGUCUUGGUUCGCCAGAUGGAUUCCUCGUCGUCUGGCUACAGCUCUGGCUCAAAGAGCGGCGAAGAAGAGCGAGAGCUGAUGGACGUGGACCCGAUUCUCGCGAUCAAGGAGCGAGCUCUUCUUGGCGGCGAAAGCUCAAGCUCCUCCGACGAGCCCACCACCAGCAGUUACAACACCAGCUCCUCCUUCCCAACUGGCUCUUCUUUUGAGCCCAGCUCAAUCAGCGGCAACUCCAACUGCAACUCUUCCUCCAACGGCAACUCCUCUUCUAGCGGCAACUCCUCCUCCAACGGCAACUCCUCCUCUUCCAACGGCAACACCUCCACCAGCGGCAACUCCUCCUCAAACGGCAACUCCUCCUCAAACGGCAACUACUCUCCCAACGGCACCGGCAACGCCUUCAAAGGUUCCAUCGUCACCGUCUUUGACGAAGUCGAUGUUGGCGCCGACCUUGGCGAAACAACCAUCGUCGCGCCAGCCACGCCUGCUAACCGAUCUGUCGUCACCGUACCUGGCGGCAGCGUCGCUGCUCCCGACGAGAGCGUUUUUGUUGGCGGCGCCGACGUAAGCGGCAUUUCUGGCGUCGAGCCCCUCAACGCCACCGGCACCGGCCCUUCUCCCAACGCCACCGUCCUCAACGGCAGCGGCAACGGCGCCAACGGCAACUCCACCAACGGCAACUCCACCAACGGCAACGGCACCUACACCGAGCUCCGAUCCGGCGAGAACGGUCAGAUUGGCGAGCAGGGCAACAUUGUCCUUCGGGCGUACCGACGGGAUGGAACUUUGGGCCGGCCAACCGACUUCAACACCCCGCGAAUCUUUCGCAUUGAAAGCUUUGUCGAGCCGCCACACAAAGCUCCGGCCGACGCGACCCCCUUCAAAAAGCAGCUGGUCUCCCUCAAGAACAACCUCGCCGAGAUCUACCUCAACCACGACAACUUCCGCGAGGAAUUGGCGAAUGGAGAAGUUGGGGCGCUGAUCCUCGUCAAAGACGAAAAUGGGCGUGUGACCGCGUUCAAGAAUAACAUUGUCUUGCAGCGACGAAAUUAA